AUGGCCUCCAACGAUCGCGUCCGUGUCCGAGGAGUUACAAUACAUCGUCCUAUCAUCUAUGGAAACACUGCGUGGGUCCUGACUCCGAAAGAGCGGGAGGCGCUCCCUAGCCCCGACCAUACGCACCGAUGGACGGUUGCCGUACGCAGUGCCGCCUCUGCCCCAGACUCUAAUGAGGUGGGAGGAGCGGAUGACUUGAGCUAUUUCAUCAAACGGGUGACGUUCAAGCUGCACGAUACGUACCCUAAUCCAACUCGAAACGUGGAUAAGCCUCCCUUUGAAGUGUCAGAAACAGGGUGGGGUGAGUUCGAUAUCACCAUUCGCAUAACCUUCGUCCAAGAGUCCGGCGAGAAGGCCAUAACGUUCUACCACCACCUCAAGCUCCACCCUUGGACCACCCCCGAGAGCGGCGAACCUGAGAUCCCCACUCUGGAAAACGCCUUGAAGGCGGGUCCCGUGCACUCAUGGCAGUACGACGAGAUCGUCUUCAACGAUCCCUUUCAGUCUUUCCUCAACAUCCUCACUGCUCACCCUCCUACCCCGCUCCCCAAGGUCAAGCGGCGACCAGUCCCAUACCACAUCGCGAAUAUGGCUUCUCUUGAGGCAUCGAAGGGCGGCACGCCAGAGUUCACGCAGGAGAUGGAGAAGGAGGAGGCGGAGAGGCUGGAUAAGGCGUUGAAGCAGAUCGUCGAGGACACCCACAAGUGGCGCAAUAAGCUUAUUGAGAAGGAGAACGAAUCCAACAAGUACAAGAAAGAGCUCGAGGCAGCGCUCCAAUCGAAAUUGAAGUAA